UUUCAGCCACAGUUGGACAGACAGUCUGUUUUUACUGUUGUGAAGAGAAAAUCUUUGGUCACUGAUUCUUCUGGACAGAGAGGGGGAUAAAAGCUGUUCUUGUUGUCAACAUCUUCACAAGUUGGCUUCUCAAAAGUUGCAGCUCUAUCCUAGAUUCUCGGUCUGGGACAGAAGUUCUUUAGUGCUGCAUGACGUGAGAGAGGUCACCAAUAGAAAGUGCCUCUGAGAAGAUAUCCCCGACUUGAAGUUGGUCCGUGUACAUUGGUCUGUGUCUAUGCUUUCUUUAAGGCCAGACUCAAGCACCAACACAGGAUACCUCAGCUGCAAGCUCUUCACCAUCACUUUGCACAUCUUGAGCACCUAAAAGAAUUUUAAGAUAGAGCCAUAAUACAAGAGAGUAAGAGUACAGAGAAUAAUGACCUGAGAAUGACUAAAGUGACAAACCUGCAUUGAAUUUCCCUCACUUAAUAUUUAUGGGAAUCAUCAGUUGUGGAAUAUAAACUUAAACUUUACGUAGAAAAAAAAAACACGUCUGCAGUUGUUUCCCACUGAUGGAUGGUUUCCCAGCCAUCUCAUCUUUCUUCUCCAAUUGAUGGAGGACUCACCACGUUGUCUUAAAAGAGGACUUUGUACAUACAGUCAAACUAGAGCUUUUAGUGUAUGAGGCACACGACAAUAAGAUUGACUUUUAAAAUUUAAUGUAUGAUUAAAACUUUCGGACAUGGCGUUGAACAUUUCUUCAGUAAGAGACACAAAAUGGCUAACUUUGGAGGUCUGCCGACAGUUUCAGCGAGGAAACUGUUCUCGUAGGGAUGAGGAAUGCAAAUUUGCUCAUCCACCGAAGAGCUGCCAAGUUGAAAACGGUAGAGUUAUUGCCUGCUUUGACUCACUGAAGGGCCGAUGCUCAAGAGAAAACUGCAAGUAUCUUCAUCCACCUUCACACUUAAAAACCCAGUUAGAGAUAAAUGGGCGCAACAAUCUCAUCCAACAGAAGACUGCAGCAGCAGUACUCGCCCAACAGAUGCAGCUUGUGAUCCCUGGACCCAAUCUGCAGCCUGUGGGACUUGGCACAAAUACCAGUCUUGGUUAUGGGUCAUACAUGACACCCUUGAGCCAUGGCAUGAGCCUUGUUCCCUCAGACAUGCUCCCCAGCAACCCAGUUCUUGUUCCUGGGAGCCCACCAGUUACGGUCCAGAGUUCCUCUUCUUCUUCUUCUUCUUCUCCCUCACAGAAGCUGCAGCGUACAGACAAACUAGAGGUUUGUCGUGAAUUUCAGCGGGGAAACUGUGCAAGAGGGGAGACAGAUUGCCGCUUUGCUCACCCCAGUGACAGUCCAAUGAUUGACACCACUGAUAACACUGUCACUGUUUGCAUGGACUAUAUCAAGAGCCGCUGCUCCAGGGAGAAGUGCAAGUAUUUUCACCCGCCUGCACACUUGCAGGCCAAAAUCAAAUCCAGUCAACAACAAAUCAGCCAGACAGCCGUCGCAGCCCAGGCCGCAGCUGCAGCCGUGACUCAAUCGACUGCCAAAGCAAUGAAGCGACCCCUCGAGGCAACUGUAGACCUGACCUUUCCCCACAGUGUCCUGCAACCCCUACCAAAGAGACCAGCUCCUGAGAAGAGCAGCUGGGCCAGCUCUCUCCUCAGCCCUAGUUUUUUGCACUACCAGCAGGCUCUGGCCAACGCACAGCUGCAGCAGCCCACUGCAGCAUUUUAUCCCACAGGUUCUGUCUUGUGUAUGACUCCUGCUCACAACGUUGAUCAUCCUCAAGUAACCACCCGAAACAGGAGUCAGUGCCAUGUUACUGCUGUUAAAGGUCCCAAGCAGCCACUCUGUAAAUACUCUGUUAACACCACACAGCACAUACAACAAGCUGCAUGCUGAUAACAUCACUGAUGGAAAACUUGUAGACAUUACUUUUAGCUAUGAUUAACAAAUUACAUAACUCAAUUAUUAGGAUUAUACUGUGUUAGAUAAAAGUCACGGAAGAUUAUUGUAUGUAUCCUCACGCACCCUCAGUGAUGUGCAAACCAUCCUGGUUUCUAUGAUCAGAGGCGCAUUUAGUCUCUUAAUCUGCUGAAAUGCAUUGUGUCUCAAAUUCACCUACAGGAGCCUCAUAAAUAAAAAUGUGCUUUUUUGAAGAAUUCAACCAGGAAACACAUGGAUAUUAGACAGAAAUGUUAUUCACUGACAAUUGUAAGUUGUAUAAAAUUUUACAAGUGGAAGAGAUUAGCAAGAUACAUCUAAUCUGAGAUCAGUUUUCAAUGUGUAGAUAGUUCUUUUCAAUACCAGGUGUCAGUGGGUCAUAUAUUGGAGCUUGUUAAAAUUUUGUCAUCAUGAUAUUGGGCAGCGACUUAUUUUUUCCUCCUUGAAUGUCUUAUGUAACCUAAGAACGUUUUCUUCACAUUAAUGAUUGUUUAUGUAGUCAGAUUUAAUUAUUUUAAACUAAAUCGUAAAAAGCACUUAUUUUAACUUUAAACUGUACAUUGUAAAAAUGUAAUUUGACAGCAGGCAUGGAAGUUCUGGGGAUAGUCAAUCGGUCUUGUUUGCCUUGUUAUCCCCAGAAAACAGGAUCAGUGCUCCACCCCCUGGUGUGCCUUUGCAUUGCAUAUACUUUACGUUAUGUUUCUUAGUAGAAUGUUAUGUGUAAUCCAUUUGCUGCAGAUACUUUUUCUCUUAAAGGCAGUAAAGGCAACAGUGAUUCAAACGGUUAAUUUCUCCCCUCUUCGUUAUCAAAAAGGAAAAAACUUUUGGAUUAUUGGUCAAGGUGAUGGUUGACUUGUCGAUGUAUCCAUGUGGUGGUUUUUACUUCUGGGACAGGUUUCACAAAGAUACAGUUUGACUGUGGCUUAAAUCAAACUUACAACUUAUACUAGUCAGACUUCAGAUAGAUGUGUAAAUUCAUUCGUUGUACAAAGCUGUCUAGUUCUUGUUUAAUUUGCUAUCAAUUCUGGGUAAAUUAAGACCUUUUCUCAAACUAAAAAACACGGCUGAGUAACUAUAUCUAACCGCUCAGCAGAAAAUGUUUGCCCUCUGGAAGAAUUUGUCAGUUACAGGACAUUUUACUGGGACUAUUCAGUUACGACUGUAACGAUACAAAAAACGCCUAGUAGUGUAGAAGUUCAGUACAGUGCAGAACUGUAGCAGAUCUGAGACGCUGUGGCUUCUUAAUGUGACAGGGCUCAGUGCCUCUGCUAACUCGUCAGUCAGGCUCAGGAUAGUUUUCUUGGGCAAACAAAAUCGACGAUGUCCUCACUGCUGUAUAUCUCCAACAGAUUACUGUGGUCACUAAAAGAUCGUUCCCCUUCUCAUUACUCACUCCACAACAUUAUUAGCAAACCACAAAAUAUGAGCUAUGUUUUCUUCUUUUUUGUACUUUGGUGUCACUGGACAGCAGAUGUCACUGAUUUUUACCAUGGAAACAUCUCAGUAGGGCAGCUAACUUUUAAGGCUUAAAGUAAGUCAGUCUUUAUUUUUUGUGAAACUGUUUAACUUGUAUUACACUAAUUUUAGAGCAAAAUUGAACAGUGGCUCACGCCAAAAAUCUUUAACUGGGACAUUUUGCAUGGACACCCCCAUUUAUUUGUAUGAUUGAUUCAACUUAAAUUUUUCAAAAAACGCUGAUGUUUGGUACAAACCUAAAUUAGGAACUUAUUGUCUGAUGAAAAAUAACUACAGUGUAGAGCCUUAUGUGAAGCAGAAUUGGGCCAAAAGUCACAAAAACACUUACCUUCAGGUACAUAACCAUUAGCUUAAGAAACAGAAAUUAUUUGAAAAGAAAACACAAAAGUCAAUGUCAUGUUUAAUUUCCAAUUAUAUGAUGAUUUAAGGGCUACAGUAAGAAGUCUAGAAGCAUGACUAUUAGAAACCUGUGCUGUGUUUUAGGAAAGGAGGUGUAUGGCUGGGCUUGUGUGGCAAAUAAAGUCCUUUUGUUUGCAUUGUAAUGUAAGAAGUUAUGUGCAUGUUUGACAAAUGUAUUAUUUAUUGUAGGUCUCGUCUAAGUCCACGUGGACUGGGCACUAGUCAAAAUAUCUUUGUGAAACUGGCCCAUGGUUCAACUUGAAGAUAAAGCAAACCAUGUACCAUUUCUCAUUUUCAAACAAAACUGUGACCCAUUGAAGUUUGAGUUGAGUAGUGUGUGAACUGUUAGUCUUAAUCUUACAGUCAGUUGUCAGUACUGUAUUAUUUGAAUGUUACAAGUGCCUAAAGAAUUGUGCAUGCAGUGACAUCUAAGCAUAUUUAAAAGGCUUUGUGUGAAAAAUCAUUCAGUUAAAUCCACUUUACCUUAGUCACAUUUGGAAAGAAAUGUUUAGCAAUGCCAUGUCAGUGCAUUAGUAUUUUGUGUGCGCCUGUUUAGAUUUAGUCUUUAAUUAAUUUUACUCAUGAAAGUCACUCAAAUUUGUAUGUACAGUAUGUACUAUGUAUAAGAAUGAAUAUCCAUCUUAAUUUUAUUUUUGUUUCACAUUUCAGAUGGUUAAGUAGUUUCUGACAAUGUUUCCUAAUUAGUUAUAUGCACAGUAAAAUACUUUAUGUAGUAAAGUAGAAUUAAAGGAAAUAGACGUUUUUGGUGAAGUGUAGUUGUGUAUGAUUCAUACCACAAUAUGCAAUUACCUGUCUUUGUUUGAAACUUGGAGCAGACAGAGUGGGCAUUGUGUCUGGUUAAGUGAAAAACAAAACUGAUGUUAAAUAUAGUUUUCAAUCAUAUAUGUAAUUUUCCCAUGAACAUCUUUUAUAUAAGUUUUAGUUCCCUGUUUUGCAGUUUGUGAAAAUACCAACCUUUCCUUUAAUGUUUCCAGUGUCUUUUCAAAUCAAGUCUUUUCAAAAUGUGUGUGCGUGAUUAACUCAGACAAUCCACCAAGAGAUAUUGCAUUUGCUAACAUUUUCAUUGUGUAUUUUCGUUGUGAAAAUUUUUACACAUUAUUGGAUGGAAUAUAUGGAGUAUACUUGCAUAUUUUACUGGUUUAACUUUAGCUAUGAACACAUUUAAAAUGUAUUUUCUUCUAUUUUACGAUGAAUGUAAUUUAUUAAACUGACUUUAGCUCUGCUGGAGGUUCCUCAAAGGGCCUUGAUCUGUUGUUUUAGCCUGUGAAAAUCCGUCUGUGUCGAGGGAUUAAAUGUUGGAGCAAAGAGAAGCUUAUACAUUUCAUCCUUGUCACUGCCUUGUCACCUGUAAGGGACAACAAACCUUUGUAUGAACAAGGCCAUAGAAUUUCUUUUUAUGUACAAAAGUGCAUUGUACAGGCCACAUUUUACGAAAUGUUAAUUUUAAUAAUAGUGUAAUCGUAGUUUGUCAUUUGACUGUUUUGAUUUGUUGCUGAGGCAAUCUGAAUUCACAGUGAUUAAAAACUGUAUAUUUGUAGGUGAUUAAAUUGUUUUUCCUCCUCACAAUAACACAUUAGACUGUACUGUCAGAUAUUUGACUUUAUUAUGCCAUGGUGAAACACUGUAAGUGAUCCAGUGCAUAGAAAUAAUUUUUUAAUCUGAAUUUUGUGUUUUACAUAGUUUCCACUGCAUGUUGACAUCUUGCAACCAAACCAUAAUCCACCGCAGAGUGAGCUAAAUUUUCAGAAGUCAGAAAGUCACUUGAUGGUUCAGCAGCUCUUUAAAACUCUUUUUUUUCUUUACAUGAUUGCUUUCAAAGUUUAGGUUGCUUUUAGAUAGAUGAUAAGUUUCCCCUCAUAUAUUAUACCUGCAAAUAAAUGGCAUAUUUCUGAAUGUUUGUUUCACCUUUUGGCAAAAAGCCUGAAUGUCAUGUAUACACCUGCGUAUGGAGGUUGUGUGACCUUUUGAUCACCCAGUCAAAAUCAAAGGGACAGUAAGAAUGUUUGGUCUGACUGACUGACGGAAACAUCUCUCUGAGAAGACAUGCUUUUUUUGAACUUUGCCUUUAUUAGAUCUAUUGCUAAGUUUGCAUUUGUCCAGUAAUUAUGAAUUCAGUAUUGUCUAGUGUACAUUAACUCAACCAUUUUGUGAAAUUGUUGCCACGUGAAUUUUUAAUUGAAGGCCAAAAUGACAGAUUGUAAAACAAACCCAAACACUACCCUGAAAGGCUUGAUGCUUGCUGAUAAGACAGACUAACUUGCUAUUAUAAAGGGUUGUAUUCGAAUUUAACAGACUUCUGAUGAAGCUGUCAUGUCAGUGCCAUUUGGUUCCAUUCUGGCCUGAAUAUAAACUUUCCCUCAUUUUUUUGAAAAAUUAUUUGUGAAAAUAAUUUUAUUUGUGCAUAAUUAAACAUUUCAUGUGGAUAGUUUUGUUCCUGUAAAUUCAAAAUUGUGUAAAAUCUAAUAUUGAAAAUAAAUAAAU